UGUCCCCAGCCGCUGGCCGUAGGCUCCUUCCGGGCCAGGGGCGCUGACGCGCGUGAGGCGCCACGUGACCGGAAGUCCCCUCGGUGCGGCGGAAAGAGUUGAGCUGAAGAUUGGGAAGGUGAGCUUCACUCCCGGCCCCAAAAAUGGUGAUCAAUGUCUGCCUUCCACAAUUCAAGCCGAGAAUUCACUGCAACAAGAUCUCUACUGACGGUUAUGAAGUAGAAAACCUGAUCUCGGAAGACCCUGCCAAAAGAAACCGCGGAUUCCGCUGCGAAUAUUUCAUCAAGCCCCCCGUCCACGUGACUCUUUCUUUCCCAUUCAACGUUGAAAUUAGUCGGGUUAAUCUAGACAUCUCCUCUGGCGGUUGCCACAAUGUCAUGGGACUAGAUCUCUUCACCUCUACCUCGUCCAGUAAAGCCUCUUGGAGCGGCCCCGAGCCUCCAUUCUCAACCAGCCAGCCCGCCUUGGACAAAGAGGUGUUCACUCUGGUGGGCAAAGCUGUGCUGAAGAACCAAAGCAAAGUCACCUUCAGCCACCGAGGCUUCAAGCCGAGGCCUCCUUUCCACCAUCCGAUGGACUCUCUUUUCUCCUUUUCUGGCUCGGCAUCCCUGGACUUGUGGAGUAAAGGCCCGACCUCCUUGAGUAGCGUUUCCCACUUGAAAAUCUGCAUCACCCACGUGGCUGGCGGGGGCCUCCCUUGCAUUAAGAAAGUGGAGGUUUGGGGCCAACCGGCCAAAUCCUGCUCUCGUGAGGUGGUGGACAACGUCCUCAGAGUGGCUUCCGAGUCCUUGGCGCUAGGCUUUGGAGGGGGACAGGCCGCCGGCCUCCCGUCUCCGAUGGAGAGUGACCUUAUCCCCUUCAGCAGCUCGGAGAGCCAGGAACAAAGGUUGAUGGACGCCAUUCCGGAUGUCCCCGAAGAGUUCCUGGACCCCAUCACGCUGGAGGUCAUGACUGUCCCCGUGCUGCUGCCUUCGGGCAAGGUGAUCGACCAAGAGACACUAGAGAAGUGCAACCGGAGCGAAGCCUCUUGGGGACGGGUGCCCAGUGAUCCCUUCACCGGAGUGGCUUUCAGCCAGCACUCCCAGCCCGUUCCCCAUCCCUCCCUCAAGGCCAGAAUAGAUCACUUCCUCCUUCAGCACAGCGUCCCUGGCCUUCAGCUGGUAGGGAGAAAUCGGGCUUCGGGGACCAUGGUGGCCUCUUCCAUCGCCAUGUCUUCGCUGAAAAGGAAAAUCGACCGGGUGGAACAGAACCCGGGCCGCCAGGGCAAGACCGAGCACUUCCAUUUUACUCCCACAAACUUUGUCGUUGCCUCUGCCUUGGAGUCCCCUGCUAAAAAAAUGAAAGUGGAGUGUGAUUCCAACACCUCCCAAAUGGACUGCUCAACAGAUCCGGUUUCUCAUGAGCAGAGGCUUUCGGAAAGCUUGGAUAGCGCCUUGAACUCUGCCCUCAGCCAUAUGCCUUCGUUCACCACGACCUUGACUAAAGGCCAACAGCCGCCCAACCACAGCAGCAGCUCCAGCAGUCUGUGGAACACAAGCAGCGCACACGAGCACACCCGGAGCGGCACUGGUAGCACCCAAGGAUGUUCCUCCUGUUCUCGAACCUUUUCUGUGUACUUCAAGACAGAACCAGUAUACCAGCUCCCUUGUGGCCACCUCGUGUGCCGCGCUUGCCUGGCUGAGAAGCAGAAAUCUUUAUCGCUACUGUGCAUGAAUUGUCAAAGGUUGGUCGCCACACAGGACAUCACGAGGGUCCAUUUCUGACAUGCCUUCUCCUGAUCCAGCUCCUGGAGAUGAUGGGCGGUUGAAGAAACUCAUGAGCUGGUGGUGGUGGGGGAACCAAGGAGUAGGAGAUACCACAUCUCACCCCCCCCUCCUUUGAGUCAUGCAGAGAGGGGAUGCUACAUAACCCUUGCAAAAACAGAGCUCUGUGCGGUUCUCAAGAGCACUUAUUGCCCCACAGGAGACUAGGUGGGGCUGGAGCAUUGUACAUGGUGCCAGAGCUAUAAGUGAGCAAAGGAUAAUAAAGCCAUAUGCUUCUCUAACUUUUUUUGUUCCAGAAAAUCUCAUUUCAUUUACAGAAGCAGCUGCCAUGGGGACUACACAGUGUUCUGUUUCAUUUCUGCCCCUUUUCAGGGGUGUGGUCAUGUAACACCUUGGAUCCACCCUCCCGGAAGAUCUGUUCCGUAAGAAAGGUUUUGGGUUGUAGUAAAUAAAAUACAGGAAACUGUGUCUGCUCUGGAUGGAUUGACUCAGAUAAGGAAGCUUUGGGCUUUUGCUUGUAAGAUCUGAGCAGGGGCCAUUAAUGAUCUUAUCUUUUGGAGGUUGUUGACUUUACAGGGUUGCCCUAAGUCAGAGCAUGCAGCGACACCACUUGCCGUGGCACCUGUCUGUUGCGGGCAUCGUCUGGGUGCCAUUUCCCCCUCCCCCUGCCCCCAAAAUGCAAAGAAAGAAAACAAAAACCUUCCAGCUUCUAGUAAGUAGGGUCACCAAUUUCUGACGGUCACGUUAACUACCUGGCAAUGAGAAACAGUGGGCAGUUGUUAAGCAGUACUGGUGCCAAUUUUUCCUUGGCUGUGUAACCUGUAUAAAAAGUCUCUCUGUGUUAUCUGUUCACACAUGAUUGUGGUCACUCUUGAUUUCUUCUCAGCAACAAGGUGGGAGGCGUAGUCAGCUCUCCUCCUGUCUAGCAGAGUAAAAUGCAAGCCUUAAUAAAAAAUUACGGUCAGAAGUCACUGGCCUUGCUUUGGCUUAA